AUGAGUUGUCUUUUACCUUUACUUACUUUACGUGCACUCACCUCAAGGGUUGAACGUGAUUUAAUUUCUGCUUUUAGUCGUUCACACAUUUCAACAGAUUUUCAGGUUUCUAGCAUGAUGGCAGAACUUGAGGACCAUAAAACUGAGGAAGGUGUGUUACGUGAAGAAUUGUUACGUCUUAAAAAUGAGAACGAAAACAAUAUUCAGGAAAUUGAACAGCUGACAAGACAGCUUGAUCAAAGGUGCUUAUAUGAUUUCCACUUCGUAAGAUUAGUUCAUUUUUUAUACGGCUUUUUUAGGCCUUCAGAAGACGACAUAAAAGUUUUAAGGCAGGAGUUGGUUCGUUCGCAACAGUUAAUGGACAGCAUAACCCAAAAAAGAGAACUUGAAAUUUCUGAGCACAUUAGUACUAUUGAAGAACUGGAACGCCAAAAAAAACAGUAUGCUUAUGACUCGCUUAGUUUUGCCAGUAAGGAUGGAGCAAAAAUUGCAGUUGAACAAUUGGAACUUGAGAAUCAGAAGUUACUUAACGAUUUAAAAAAAACAGAACUUAGCAUGAAGGAAGCAGUUUAUGAAAAAGAAAUGCUUCAAAAGAAAGAAAGAAAAGAAUGGGAAACCAGAUUACUUGAUAGGGACGAAUGCAUAAAAAAACUGAAUGCUUCUGUUGAGAAGCUUAAAGCUGAUUACGCAGCAUCUGAGGAGGAGUGCAAAGGAAAAGUAACUAUCAAUUUUCAGUGCCUUUAUCUUUCUAUUUCAUUUACCCACACAACUUUAUUUACCGUUUAUUUUGACAGCUUUUCAAAUAUGAAAGGAAUUUUUAAAUACGUGAAUUCCAUGUUUGUUUUUUUUUCUUUAGCACUAUUUACCAGUAAUUUUGCAAGGUGUUUGAAUACGGAAAGUGAUUUGGAUUUUGAAAGAGAACGGGCUGCAGAAAAUAGACGUCGCUUCGAAGAAGCUUUGUCUGCAAUGCACGAGUUAGGAAGAGCAAACCAAACAUUGCAGAUGGACAUCUCGAAACAGUUUAGCAGGAAGUGGCUUGACGACACAGAAGCAAUAAGUUGCAAUGCAUGCCAAAAACUAUUUUCUCUUACUGUUCGUAAACACCAUUGCAGACUUUGUGGACAGAUCUUCUGUGCCUCUUGUUCGUCACGUACUGCUCAAAUACCGUCUAGUAAAAACCCUGUCAGAGUCUGUAAUGCUUGUUACGAAGAAAUUUUGAACAGAUAA